UGUCUGUUUGGGGGCAUCCCCGGUGUGGGGGCCCGGCUUGGCUGAGUCCCGGGCGCGGGCCGGAGGGGCUGCCAGCUCGAGGCAGUCACGUGAGGGCGCUGCAGGCUUCUCGGGGAGCCCCAGAGCCCCAAUCGGGGAGACCGAGGCCGGGCCUCCAGCCUGUCCCGCGGGCCUCUUCGCGGCUCUCUCGGUGCCCCUGGGGAGCCUUCAUGGGUUCGGGCCUCCGGCGUGGUUCAGAGCGACCGCAGCAGGAACCCCAUUGAUUCAGUUUACGGGGUGCAGAGCCUGACUCCAGCCCUGUCUACACGUCCUUCCCCUCACCUUCACAGCAGCCAUGCGAGGUGACUUGUGGCCUGGCGCAGCCUCUGCCAGUGAUGGGAAGUGAUGCUCCGCGGCAGCGCUGAGUCUCUCUAAAUAUGAUUCGAAUUGCAGCCUUAAAUGCCAGUUCCACCGUUGAAGAUGAUCAUGAAGGAAGCUUUAAAAGUCACAAAACUCAGACGAAGGAGGCCCAGGAAGCAGAGGCUUUCGCCUUAUACCACAAGGCCCUGGAUCUGCAGAAACACGACCGGUUCGAGGAGUCUGCCAAAGCCUACCACGAGCUCCUGGAGGCACGCCUGCUGAGGGAGGUGGUUUCAUCAGGGGAUGAGAAAGAGGGAUUGAAACACCCGGGACUGAUACUGAAAUAUUCCACGUAUAAGAACCUGGCCCAGCUGGCAGCUCAGAGAGAAGAUCUGGAGACGGCCAUGGAGUUCUACUUGGAGGCAGUGAUGCUGGACUCCACGGAUGUCAACCUCUGGUAUAAAAUUGGACACGUGGCCUUGAGGCUCAUCCGGGUCCCCCUGGCUCGCCAUGCUUUUGAGGAAGGGCUGCGGUGCAAUCCUGACCACUGGCCCUGCCUGGACAACCUCAUCACCGUCCUGUACACCCUCAGUGAUUACACAACAUGUCUGUACUUCAUCUGCAAAGCCUUGGAGAAGGACUGCCGGUACAGCAAGGGGCUGGUUCUCAAGGAGAAGAUCUUUGAGGAGCAGCCUUGUCUCCGUAAGGACUCUCUCCGAAUGUUCCUCAAGUGUGACAUGUCCAUCCACGAUGUGUCAGUGAGUGCCGCAGAGACACAGGCCAUCGUGGACGAGGCCCUGGGGCUGCGGAAGAAGAGGCAGGCCCUGACCACGCGGGAGAAGGAGCCCGACCUGAAGCUGGUGCAGCCCAUCCCCUUCUUCACGUGGAAGUGCCUUGGAGAGAGCUUGCUGGCCAUGUACAACCACCUGACCACCUGCGAGCCCCCACGGCCCAGCCUCGGCAAGAGGAUCGACCUGUCCGACUACCAGGACCCCAGCCCACCUCUCGUGUCCUCCAUGGUGACGCCUGUCAGUGUGAUCCAGCCCAGCCCUGUCAGCGCCAACCCAGCCGUGACCGUGGCUGAGCCCGUGGUCUCUUACGCCUCCGUGCCCACCACCAGUUUCCCGCUGCACACUCCCAGCCUGUUGGAGACUGGCACUGCAGUGGGCGACGUGUCUGGGGGUGAUAAAUCCAAGAAAGGAGUGAAGCGGAAGAAGAUCUCGGAAGAGAGUGGGGAGACAGCAAAGCGGCGGUCUGCGCGUGUCCGGAACACCAAGUGCAAAAAGGAGGAGAAAGUAGACUUCCAGGAGCUUCUGGUGAAGUUCUUGCCGUCCCGGCUGAGAAAGCUGGACCCCGAGGAGGAAGAUGACCCCUUCAAUAACUACGAAGUCCAGUCCGAGGCCAAACUGGAAAGCUUCCCGAGCAUCGGGCCCCACAGGCUGUCGUUUGACUCGGCCACAUUCAUGGAAUCGGAGAAGCAGGACGUGCACGAGUUCCUGCUGGAGAACCUGACCAACGGGGGCAUCCUGGAGCUGAUGAUGCGCUACCUGAAGGGCAUGGGCCACAAGUUCCUGCUGCGCUGGCCGCCGGGGCUGGCGGAGGUCGUGCUCAGCGUCUACCACAGCUGGAGGAGGCACAGCACCAGCCUGCCCAACCCGCUGCUGAGGGACUGCAGCAACCAGCACAUCAAGGACAUGAUGCUGAUGUCCCUGUCCUGCAUGGAGCUGCAGCUGGACCAGUGGCUGCUGACCAGAGGCAGAGGCUCUGCAGUGUCUCCUCGGAACUGCCCCACUGGUGUGGUGAAUGGCAGGUUUGGGCCCGACUUCCCGGGAACCCACUGCCUGGGUGACCUCCUGCAGCUGUCCUUCGCCUCGUCUCAGCGCGACUUGUUUGAGGAUGGCUGGCUGGAGUUCGUGGUCCGUGUUUACUGGCUGAAGGCCCGCUUCCUGGCAUUGCAGGGGGACAUGGAGCAGGCCCUGGAGAACUACGACGUCUGCACCGAGGUGCUCCAGAGCUCCCCUGCCACGCAGGGCGAGGCCGGCACCGAGCCCAGGGGCAUUGUCAUCUGCCUGCCCAACCUCCACAACGACUCCGUCGUCUCCCUGGAGGAGAUCGAUAAGAACCUGAAGUCGCUGGAGCGGUGCCAGUCCCUGGAGGAGAUUCAGCGGCUGUACGAGGCCGGCGACUACAAGGCAGUGGUGCAUCUGCUCCGCCCCACCUUGUGCACCAGUGGGUUCGACCGGGCCAAGCACCUGGAGUUCAUGACGUCCAUCCCCGAGAGGCCAGCCCAGCUGCUGCUGCUGCAGGACUCCUUGCUCCGGCUGAAGGACCAUCACCAGUGUUUCGAGUGCUCCGAAGUGGCUCUGAACGAGGCCGUCCAGCAGAUGGUGAACUCGAGCGAGGCUGCAGCCAAGGAGGAGUGGGUGGCCACGGUGACCCAGCUGCUGCUGGGCAUCGAGCAGGCGCUGUCUGCUGACAGCAGUGGCACCAUCCUGAAGGACUCGUCCUCCUCCACCGGCCUGGUCCGCCUCACCAACAACCUCAUCCAGGUCAUCGAUUGCAGCAUGGCUGUGCAGGAGGAGCCCAAGGAACCCCACGUCUCCUCGGUGCUGCCCUGGAUCACCCUGCACCGCAUCAUCUGGCAGGAGGAGGACACCUUCCGCUCCCUCUGCCAUCAGCAGCAGCUCCAGAACCCAGUGGAGGACGGGAUGUCGGAGACGCCCAUGCUCCCAUCCUCCCUCAUGCUGCUCAACACGGCCCACGAGUACCUGGGCAGGAGGUCCUGGUGCUGCAAUUCCGACGGGGCUCUGCUGCGAUUCUACGUGCGGGUUCUACAGAAGGAGCUCGCCGCGUCUACCUCGGAAGACACACACCCCUACAAGGAGGAGCUGGAGACGGCCCUGGAGCAGUGCUUCUACUGCCUCUACAGCUUCCCCAGCAAGAAGAGCAAGGCUCGGUACCUGGAGGAGCACUCGGCCCAGCAGGUGGAUCUUGUGUGGGAAGAUGCCCUGUUCAUGUUUGAGUAUUUUAAGCCCAAGACCCUUCCUGAAUUUGACAGCUACAAGACCAGCACAGUGUCUGCCGACUUGGCCAACCUCCUGAAGAGGAUCGCCACCAUCGUGCCACGCACAGAGAGGCCGUCACUGAGCCUGGACAGAGUCUCUGCCUACAUCGAGGGGACCACAGCCGAGGUGCCCUGCCUCCCAGAGGGGGCAGACCCCGCCCCUCCGGUGGUGAAUGAACUCUACUACCUCCUGGCCGAUUACCACUUCAAGAACAAGGAGCAGUCCAAGGCCAUCAAGUUCUACAUGCACGACAUCUGCAUCUGCCCCAACAGGUUCGAUUCCUGGGCAGGCAUGGCCCUGGCCCGGGCCAGCCGCAUUCAGGACAAGCUCAACUCCAACGAGCUGAAGAGCGACGGGCCCAUCUGGAAGCAUGCCACGCCCGUCCUGAACUGCUUCCGGCGGGCCCUGGAGAUUGACAGCUCCAACCUGUCCCUGUGGAUCGAGUACGGCACCAUGUCCUACGCCCUGCACUCGUUCGCCUCCCGCCAGCUGAAGCAAUGGCGGGCAGAGCUGCCACCCGAGCUCGUGCAGCAGAUGGAGAGCCGGCGCGACAGCAUGCUGGAGACAGCCAGGCACUGUUUCACGUCGGCGGCCGGCUGCGAGGGAGACGGCGACGAGGAGGAGUGGCUCAUCCACUACAUGCUGGGCAAGGCCGGCCACUACCUGCACGAGGAGGCGGCCCGCUACCCCAAGAAGAUCCACUACCACAACCCCCCCGAGCUGGCCAUGGAGGCCCUGGAGGUGACCCCGUCUGAGCCUGGCCUCGAUGGCGACAGUGCAGUGCAGCAUGCCCCGGGCCCCGAGGCGCUCACCUGCAGCCUGGCAGGAGGGGCAGGCGCCGACGUGCUGGGGCGCAAUGGGGCCGGCCGCCCCCACUCCUGCCGUGACACAGGCAGUGUGCGUCCCCGCGCUUGUGUCAGUGCGCCCCUCCUGCGCGUUUCCCGGGGCCGAGGUCUGAAGGUGGACUUGCCUGGGCCACGUGUUUUGGAGCAACUCCACUUGAUGGAUGAGAAGCCCGAGGCCCAGACAGUUGGUGUGAAUUGCACCAUCACUGUGUACUUCCGGCUCCACGCAUCCAUCCUCAAGCUCCUGGGGAAGCCCGAUUCUGGGGUCGGUGCAGAGGUCCUGGUCAACUUUAUGAAGGAGGCGGCAGAAGGACCCUUUGCCAGGGGCGAGGAGAAGAACACCCCCAAAGCUUCAGAAAAGGAGAAGGCCUGCCUGGUGGAUGAGGACUCCCACUCUUCAGCUGGGACACUGCCGGGCCCCGGAGCCUCCCUCCCCUCCUCCUCUGGCCCAGGUCUGACAUCCCCACCUUACACAGCCACUCCGAUUGACCACGAUUACGUCAAAUGUAAAAAACCCCACCAGCAGGCGACGCCGGACGGCUUUGUCUUUCUGCUUGCACCUGUCACGGCUCGCUUCAGGGACAGCACGGACCGCAUGCUCGGCCCUCAGUCCGGCCGCUGCUUCCCCUGCGACCAGGAGCGUCUCGUGUCCGCUGGCUGCACAGGCGGGGGCUGCCAGUGGGCCCUGACGGACAGGCCCGGCCUGCUCUCCGCCCUGUGGGCUCCCUUUCCCAGCCAGGGCAGCUGUAGCUGGUUCGUGGCAUUUAUUGUCUACUGUGUGCCCGGCAUGGCACGGGGGAAAGACAAGACCAGCUCGGCACCAGCUCUGCCCCCGCAGCCCCUCAGCACUGACCUGCAGGCCCUGCCCAAGCCCUUCCUGCCGAUUAACCUGCUUAAUCCUCAUAACGGCUCUGUGAAGUGGGCACUUGUGCUGCCACAGCCUUCCAUACGAGGAAGCGGAAGGAAAUGCCGGAGGCUGGACCGCAGCCAGGACAGCACAGCCGUGGCCCUCUCGGACUCCAGCUCAACGCAGGACUUCUUUAACGAGCCCACCAGCUCACUGGAAGGCUCACGUAAGCCUUACACAGAGAAGAGGCCGCCCGUUCUCAGUUCCCAAGGAGGACCCAGCGGCAAAGACCUGCAGGGGGCCACCGAGGAAAGAGUGGGCAGCAGCUGCAUUCACCAGUCUUCAGGGCUCAAGCACCUUGCAGCCUCCCUGCAGAGGGCCAGGGCCGUGGUGCCCAGCCCAGUGCUGACUCUGUACCUGCACGGGCGCUGGCCUUGGGUGGAGGCCCGAGUGUGCGUUUCUCUUGCCGCCUGUGUGGAGAAUAUGGAGGCUCUGGGCCUGCAGCUCAUGCUGUCGCUGAGCCACGUUUCGUACACGCUAGAAACCCGACUCGCUUUGGAGGACGGCAGUGGCAUCCCCUGUAAGAUUAUGGGUGGCACCCCUGUUGGAAAACCCGAGGAGUCCUUGGAGAGUACAGAAGGCUUCCGGGCUGCAGAGCAAGGUGGCCAGAAGCCCUUGGCGGAGCCCCCUGCGUCCACCUGCAUGCCUGCCAAGCCCCUGGCCUCUGCACCUGGCCUGUGGGAAGGGAAGAAGAGAGGGGACCCCCCUGGGGAGCCAGCAGCCUUCCCCCAGGGGCUGCCGGCCGGUGCCGAGGAGCAGCGGCAAUUCCUCACGGAGCAGUGCAUCGCCUCCUUCCGCCUGUGCCUGAGCCGCUUCCCCCAGCACUACAAGAGCCUCUACCGCCUGGCCUUCCUCUACACCCACAGCAAGACCCACCGGGCUGCAUCUUGCAGAGGCCUCCUCGCCAUCACCCUGCCCCGGGCCCGCCUCGCGGUGACUGGCACGCUCGUGUACCUUGGCUUGUUCCCUCGGAGCGAGGAGGCGGAGCAGCCUGCAGGGAGCAGGUCUCCCCCGGGGCCUGAGCUCAGGCUCUGCCUCAAGAGCAGCAGAGCCUCCUGCAAGAGCCCUCCGUGGGAGGGACAGUCGCAGCUGUCGUCCAGUCCUCCACCACCUGGGGUGUCCCCUUUAGAAGCUCCCCCGCAGUCCCGUAACCCUCUCCAGCUGGACGCAGUGUUUCUGAAAAGCAGUGCUGGCUUUGAUUCUGAGAGACCCUUUCUGCAGCAGACGCUGCCUCCACUGCCUACCACAGCCUUGCUCCUGGGUGCCAGUGGCCUGGAGCCAAUUGGGGCAUCCGACGGCCAUGUCUUCAGAAGAGGCUGGCAGGCAGAGUCUGCCCGGGACCGCAGGGAUGACUCCUGA